AUGAUUAUAAAAAAGUUAUCGCAUAUUUCUAUUAUAUUAUUGUCCUUAUGUUUCUUGAUAGUUGAAUCUGUCAUUAGAUGUCCAGAUAUUAGGCCUUUGUCAUAUUACUUAUCGAGUCGUGGUGGUGGGAUUCGUGUAACAGAAUGUGUUGGUAUUGUAUUGGCAGACUGUGAAAAUGAAUUAAGUGAUGGCAUAUAUUCUUGUGAUGCUGUUGUUGUAGAUACAAGUACUAGAAGUAGUCAAAGUUUACUUAGAUAUCUCGGUAUGACUUGCCCAGCAAAUAUUGGUCAAGGAGUUCAUGUAAGUCAUGUUGCAUCAAGAAAUAGGGAUUGGCUUUCUACAUCAAAACAUAUUUUUUGUGUCGCCUCAUCAAGUACAAAUCUUGAAUCUGUAUAUAGAAAUAUAUUUGAAACUGGGAUGUCGUAUUCUGAAAAAGAGGUUCUUUUACCAAUAUUAUCGAUAUCAACAGGGAACCCUGAAUUAAGAGCUAGAGAAGCUGCUAUUCAUACAAGAACAUGGUUAAGAAAUAGAUAUGAUGUUCAGUCAGGCUGUCCCUUAAGAAUUAUAUUUACAGAAAGUAGUCCAGAUUUAUAUAAUAUUGCAUUAGAAGAAUUCUCGAAAGCCUUCUCAAAGAAUCCCUUUGCACUUCAAUCAAUUAAUACACAACCUACACAAUUUGUACCACCUCCACCAGUAUCUAAUACACAACAACCUCAACAAUUAUUACCUUCAGUUCCAUUACUAAGAGAUCUUAACCAAUAUGAAAAUUUAGCAUGCCCUACAAUAAAGAACUUAUAUGAUUUAUUACUUUCAUUAGGAGAACCAAAUAUUGUACAUGUAACAUCAUCUGCAACACAAGUAUCUAUUGUGAAAUGGGAUAUUCCUCCUGGCCCUUAUGCAUGUGAUGCUAUAGUAUUAGAUGUUGAUUCUAGUGUGGCCCAUCAAACAUGUGAUGAAUUAGGUUAUAAUUUGAAUACAGCUCCAGUAACUGGGGAAAUUGCAUUUGAGUCAUUUAAUUUUCCAUCUACUCCUUUGAUGUGGUUUACAUCUAUUAGGAAGUUAUAUACUUUGUCUUAUUUAGAUUUAAAAUCUUAUUAUGGAGGCGGUGAUAUUCUUAAAGAAGCUCUUAUAAAUGCAUAUAUGGCUAUAUUUGAUCAUGCAAAGAAUAAUAAUAUUGUUGAACUUUUAAUAGUACCAUUUGGUUUUGAUGUAGAGGAAGAUAGGGGAUCAUCAUUAAAUUCUGCUCUUUGCUUAAAAGCUCUAGGUGAAAGUCUACAACUGUUUCUUUCAAGUUCAUAUAAUUUACAUGUAGUCUUAAUAAGUAACUAUCACAAUAGAGUAAAAACAAUGACGGAAGUUAUAAAAUUAUAUUUUAUGUCUAAUAAUAACUUUAUCCAGAAUAGAUCAAUACAAACUAAUAAUUUACCCAAAAGGUCUCCACAACCUAUUGCAAGAAGAUCAAUGCCAUUGCAACCAAAUAGAAGUGAUACUUGUGGUUCUAAUCAUCCAUUAAGUGAGUUGAUAUUUAAUUUUUAUGGUAAAAGUGCUCACAGUCCUUCCAAAUAUGUUUCUUUCUUAAAUAAUAGUAUUCCGGGUAUUUUAUCUUGUGAAUGUAUUGUUAUUGAUGUCGCAAAACCUGACCAUGUGAAGUUACUUGCAAAUUUUGGUAGUAUUAUUUCAAGUUGUAAGAAAGUUGGUUCAAGUGAACUGAAGGUUUUAUCAAAUAAUAAUACUAUGAGAAGAAAUAGACCUUUAUGGUCACACUCAAUUAGAAGAAUAUUUUGUGUUAAUACUCAUUCACUUAUCUAUACAAAUAAGAAAGAAAAUACUAAUGCAUUAUAUAGGAAAAUCUUGAAUUCUGCAAAAAAUCGCUGUUCAUCAAUUAUUAUGCCUUUACUUUCUGUAUCUUCAGGAGAUAGUAAAUAUUCAAUGAGGCAAUAUAUAAGUGAGGCUGCAAGUGCAAUGAGUUCUUUCUAUUCAAAUAAUAGAAAUAUGGCUUUACAAACAACUAUAUAUGAAGAAAAUGAUGAGAUAUUCCAAAUUGGUUUGGAUUUAUUUGCUGAACACUUCACCCAGACAAGAUCCCAGCCACUUUCAUCAUUAAUAACUAAUUCUGUUCGAAACCUGCCAUAUAAUAAAUUGAAUUAUCCAACUUCAACUCCUUACCCUGAAGCAAGAUUGAGUAAUAGAAGGUUAAAUAAACCUCCUCAAAGACCUCUAUUACCAAAAUUCAAAUAUAAUUCUUAUAGUAAUAGACCUGCUCCUCAAAGAGCAACGAAUGUAAAUAUAAGUUCAACUUCAUCUAGAAGAAGUAAUCUAGAUUGUAAGUUAUUGAUGUCACUUAAAGAUGUGAUCUAUAAUUUACAUGAUUUUGUACCAAAGAAUCUGUCUAGUAGAGCAGACCAAAUAUAUUUUGUUAAUACAGAGAUUCCUCCUGGUCCAAAAAAUUGUGAUGUACUUGUUUUGGAUAUAAAUUCUGAUAUUUUUGAUUUUAUGAUCCAGCAAACAAAUCAAGAACUUCCUAGUUUAUUACCUACAGUUACUGUCCUUGCAAAUAUGAAUUAUGGAUCUGGAAGUGGAGAUAUCAUAGAUACUUUAAAUAGACUAUAUAUUAUUGAUACUUCUCUGGUAACUAAAGGUUAUAGUUAUACUGACAUUAUUGAAACAGCAAUUAGAAAUCAAGAAAGAGAUAUUUUGUUACCAAUGUUUAAUCUUAAAGAGAAAUUGAUGUCUUCGAGGUCAGUUGCAAAAAAUUAUGUUGUUGAAGUUAUAAAUAUUAUCUUAGGAGUAUUAGAUUUAUAUGACUCAUCACUAAAAGUAAUAUUCUAUGAAAGUGACUACCCAGCUGCAUUGUUACUACAAAGUAUACUUAUUAAUGUACUAUCAGGAACUUCUAUUGUAACUACUUAA